AUGUAUUCUAUCAUAGCACGAAACCUCUACUGGUCUGAAAUCUCUGCAGAUAUUCAGCGGUUUAUACGCAACAGCAACAACUUAGCUGGUUGCGAGGAUCUUAUGGCUCUUGGUGAUAGACUAAGAGAGGGCGUGAGAAUAGUUCCAUCCACUAAUAUCAACAAGAAUGAAGCUAGCCAGGGUUCCACAGCCAAAUAUCUAUGCAAUUCCCGCAUUUCAGUUGAACGAAUCGACGAAAGCACAGUCAUCCUUCUAACGGAUGAGUUCAGUGACACCUUAGAUCCCGAUGCUGAUGACCAGCCGGAGCGCUACAGGGACAACAACCACAUAUGCAACCUGGGUUCCGGAAUCGAGGAAUACCGCGUGUGGAAGACCACCCGCGUGUACGAACUUAUUGAAAAUCAUCAACGUCUUGUGAGGUUCAUUGCUCGUGAUCCUUGGACGGCACUUCCGAUACUGGAAAAGCCAUGGAGUACGCUUGAGGGCUUCAUGAGGAGCGUUAGAUGCUAUGUACGCUCCUAG